AAUGUAUUAAAAAAUUAAUGGAGUCACUUAAGCAUUCAGAAAAGAGCUGAAAUUAAUUGGCAUCUCCUAUGGUUUAGGCUUCUAACAUAAAAUAUACUUGGAGGAAUGUGGAUUUUAGAAUGAUGAUAUAAACAAGUGUACAAGAUGCCUUUCAUCUCUUCCGCCUGGAGAAUGGUGUUUCAUCUUGCAGUUUCAUAAGCAGCAUCUUUCUCAGGUUCUCUUCUUCCCAUGUGAAGAACCUGAACCUUUUCUGCCGCUGUCUGCUGUGGAACCGUUUACUGCUUUGACAGCUGGAGGUCAGUGCCAGCGAUUGCUCUGGUUAGCUAGCACUGUGAACUCUUCCAAAUGGAUAAAUGAAUGCUCUUCAUCAGAUUAAGCCCAUCUGCCUCCUUCUGCUUGAAAAAGGAAGGCUUGCACACUGUUACGCUUUUCAAAACAUCAUCAUCAUCAUAUAAUUAUUUUGCCCCUUAGCAUUUGAUCAGUGGCCAACCAGCACCUUGUUUUGCAGGCAUGAAAUCUUACCUUGAGUGGAAUGCCCUUGAGAUUUUUAGUAUGUCUUCAAUGUUCUAGUAAGUCGUUAUCUUAAAGCAAAAUAGGCAGAGGGUCAUUCUACAUUGAUUUAUCACAAUCCAGCCAACAAAGCUGUACCUCUCUGGAAGCAAUAGAACUAUUUCACUCUGAUUUUUUAAAAAUUCUUUCUCUUGUUUGAGGGCAGCUUUAGCUGUAACUUUAAUUUGAAAUAACAUCUUAAUUCCACAAGGCAGAACUGCAAUUUAGUCAUCCAACAGAUAGUCUUUUACUUACCAGUUUAAAUGCAUAUGGAAUCAUUUAUCUAUUUUUUUUUAUGAGCCCGGGGAUCCAAAAAGCCUUCAAGUACCCUGCUUAACGUACUGUGUGGAAUGAAAUUAAACACAGAAGUUGUUCCUGAGGUAAUGAAAUGUAUCCCCUGUUCGGUCCUAACCUCUGUCUGCAGCUGGUAAAUGACUUUCCCCAGCUGGUGAUUUAUUUGCUUUGGGGAUUUUCUCUGUCCAGUUCUUUGUGUGGGUCUUUCUUUUAGUUUAUAUCCUUUUCCCCACGUGUGCAAUUUCAUUAAGUUUUUUUGUACCUUGAAUACGACAUCUGUGUUCCUCUAUGUUCCUAAGCUGAGGAAAGGCACAUACCUGCCAUCUCCUAGGUGCAAUGACAGAGGUGGACAGUGAGAUAAUUAAUGCUUUUACCUGUGAUAUUGCCAGAGCUGAAGCCAAUUUUGGCUUUGGUGAGGAAGCUCUUGCUCCCACCACUUGUAUUGCACUUGAUCUUCGUUUAUUUCAGAACUUUCAGCGUCUGCAACAAUCACUCAGGUGCAUUUCAGAAAUGCACAUUUUGCACAAAGCAAGUAAUAUUUAUAACUUGCAAUUCCUCUUCCAUUGCUCUUAAUUCAGGCAGUUUAUGUUAUUGCUUGAUUUUUUUUCUGCCAUAGGGAAUUAUUUGAAAUGCUUCUUGGGCAGUGGUAGUUUCACAUUCUCGAGAACAUUUUCCUUUGGCUUUGCUCUGAGAUAGCACAAAGAUACAGAAUGCGCAAGGCUAAGCCAAGGAUGAGACCUGAAGUAUGCCAUUAUAAAACAGAGGAGAUGUUAUUUUCCUCUUGUGUAGAACCAAGUAAAACUCACAAGCCGUGUUCUCCAUGUUCCGGGAGCUCCUCAUUUUAUUUUACUCUCUCUUAGCAUGUAAGGAACCACAGCUUAUUUCCUAUGUAAUUGGCCGUGUUUUCUAUCAAGUCUCAAAGAAAGCAGCCAGUAGCUGUAGUCGGCCCCUCAGCAGCGCUACAGCCCUCAGCCUCAAGUACAAGUUCAGAGACCUGACCGUAGAGGAAGUGACGGCUGUCAGCAGGGCCCACCCGAACUUCUCCUUCUCCAUCAACACCUACACCUUCAAGGAUGGGUCCCAGAAAGACCUCCUGAAUUUCAGCGGUACUGUCCCAGUGAAAUAUGGUAAUUCCUAUAACAUACCCGUUCGUCUGUGGAUUUUGGACUCUCAUCCCUUUGCUCCUCCCAUUUGCUUCUUGAAGCCGACUGCCAACAUGGGCAUUUCAGUGGGGAAGCACGUGGAUGCUCACGGAAGGAUUUAUUUGCCCUACCUGCAGAACUGGAGCCAUCCUAAAUCAACUAUCAUUGGAUUAAUCAAGGAAAUGAUUGCAAAAUUUGAGGAGGAGCUGCCUUUGUAUUCGCUGUCAUCUUCCGAGGCAGACAGGCAGUCAGAACUUCUGUCCUACAUUGCAAGGAUUACUGAAGGAGAGACUGACAUGAAAUCAAAGAGUAAAAUUGGUGGAGACAAAAACGGAGGGUUCUUUAACAAAGUUACUGUGGUUGGAGCUGGAGAUCUUGGCAUUGCAUGUGUGCUAGCGGUUGUAGCAAAGGGUGUUGCUGACAAGGUGGUUCUUCUGGAUCUUUCUGAAGGUGCAGCAAAAGGAGGAACCAUGGAUUUGGAGAUCUUUGCUCUGCCAAAUGUAGAGAUCAGCAAAGAUUUUUCUGCUUCAACUGAUUCAAAAGUUGUGGUGCUUACAGUUAACUCUCUGGGUAAUGCUCAGACGUACCUCGAUGUCAUACAAAGCAAUGUGGAUUUGUUCAGAGGAAUUAUCCCAGCAAUAUCGCACUACAGUCAGAACUCCGUGCUGCUUGUUGCUUCUCAGCCAGUUGAAAUAAUGACAUACGUGUCGUGGAAGCUGAGUGCAUUUCCCAAAAGCAGAGUUAUUGGAGUAGGUGGCAAUCUGGAUACCGUGAGAUUUCAGUACAUACUCACAAAGCUUUUGCAGGCAGAGGCACUGGGAAAAGAUGCUUGGAUUGUUGGUGAACAAGGGGAAGACAAAGUACCAUCGUGGACCAGCUCUAAGGCAGUUACAAAUGAAACGGAAACAAUGGCAGCUCGUAACUCCAGGGAGAAGGUGGCUAACAGAGCUAUGGAAGUUCUCAAGGGAAAAGGUCAGAGAUCCUGGUCUGUUGGGCUCUCAGUUGCUGAUUUAACGGACAGCAUCCUGAAAGAUAAAAGGAAGGUUCAUUCUGUAUCCACUCUGGCAAAGGGAUUUUGCAAUAUAAACAGUGAAGUAUUCUUAAGUCUUCCGUGUAUUCUUGGAACCAGUGGAGUGGUUGAAAUGGUCACGCUAGAAGAAGAUCCACCAGUGCAAGAAAAACUGCAAAGUAGUGCAGGAUCAAUUCAUGACCUUCAGCAGCAGCUAAAAGUGUAAGCACAAAGGAAGCUACAGCGUCUGCUCAUGCAAGUUGGAGCUUUGCUAGGCAGGAAGGGUUGCUUCGUGCAUACAGUUUUGUAUGCAAAACAAACUUUUCUAACCUCCUUUAAAAAGUGCUUUCUUUACUUAGUGUAGGUUCAAAUUAUUUAAUACUGCACUGCCCGGUAGGAAUGUCUGACUUGGAAAGUGCACUUUUGGUAGCCAAAAUGAGGAGAAUAAUGUGCAAGAAUGUUUUAUCUAAAAUCUGGUGACAUGUGCCUGUUUUUUCUUUGUAUUUUGUUUCGUUUUUUGCUGCUAAUGUUGGUCUGAUCCUUGGAUUUUUCAUAGCUCUGUGCACCUCGUUAGGACACAGCCUAGGUCCGGAGCUUACCCAGCUCCUUGGAAACUUGGAUGCGCAGAGCCAACAAGAGCUCCUCCUGGUUUCUGGGUGCUGCAGGUGUUGGUAUGUUCCUGUGCGGCACUGGAAUGGGUGCCCUUCCUGAAAGGAGGAGCAGGGGACAGGCACCAGGUGGGGAAUGAGAUCUGCCAGUUGGGCAGUGCGGAGGUGGCUGGAGUUCAGGCCUUGAUCCAAAGCCGCUUGCUGUCAGACUGGGGAGGAGAAUGUAGCUCCUUGAGGAGACAACAGGAUCUGUAACCUUCUGCAGUGAGGCUUCCAAAGCACAACACACAUCAGAGCCAAAGAUCCGUUCCUUUCUGCCUUCCGUUUAUAUCUACAAAGAGCCAGAGCUGCAUAAACUGGGACCUUAUAUUGGUAAAAAUAGGAAAAGCACUUGUAAUUCAGGUGGGUUUUCAGUGAAUGCUGCAGUUUCCUUCUUUCUGUUGGCCACUGAUGGGGCAGAAUCAGUGAUGGCUGCAAUUGCGCGACUUAAACACUAUAUUAAACAAGUGCCCGAUGCUGGGGCCGGA